AAUGCAAUAAUUUGUAGCAUAAACUUUACAUGCAGUCUAUGAAUGAAUAAGUACUUGAUUUAUGCCACUUUUUUGUAACCUCGAUUGUGCACAAGGCCAGCUUAUCGAACAAGCUUAAGCUUAUAUAAUCGUUGAAACGUUGUGUGUAUAGUAUUGAAGGUGCCAAAGGUGUGUUUUUCAUAGUAACCAGUGAAAUUUUACAGAGGCAAGAACAUCAAUUUGUUCAAACUCGUGUUAAAUAAAAUGUCUCAUAAACUGUAUUAUUUCGACGCUCGAGGUCUCAAUGAGCCACUGAGGAUGAUAUUUGCUUUGGGAGGAGUGGAAUACGAAGAAAUUCGGUCUCCCAUCGGAGAUGUGCCUCCACUGCCGACACUUCCUUUGGAAGUGAAGGAAAAAUGCACGUGGGGCCAGGUACCAAUGUUAGAGGUUGAGGGUCGCAAACUCUGCCAAUCGCUAGCCAUGCAGCGUUACUUUGCCAAGAAAUUCAAUCUGGUGGGAUCCAAUGAUUUUGAAGCUGCCCAAAUUGACGAGUAUGUGGAUUCGUCUAAAGAAGUUUUUCAGAUGUGGACGCCUGCCUGUAUAGAAAACGAUCCGGUCAAAAAAGCAGAACUCGUGAAGGAAUUGAAAGAUAAAACGGUGGACAAAUAUCUCAAAACGUUCGACAAAAUUAUUAACUCUAACGGAGGCAAACGUCUCGUGGGAAAUAGUCUUUCCUGGGCAGAUAUCUGGUUGACUCAUGUGAUAAAUAAUCUUGAAAUUAUUUGUGGAAUUAAAUUGGCAGAAGAUUUUCCAGCCGUGAAAUCCUUGUGUGACACCGUCCUUGCCACGCCACAGAUUAAGGCUUGGAUUGAGAAAAGGCCAAAAUCCAGAUUUUAAAGAGCAUAUCGGCAUAUAAACAUAGAUAACUAAUAAAUAUAUCUGCAAUGCAGAUUCUGCAAAUUUCCAAGAGUAA